AUGGGACUACCCAUAGGUCAUGUAGCAGUAUAUUACAGAGGAGGAGCAUUAUUAAGGCAGACGAGCAGUCCUGGUUUCCAUAUGAUGAUUCCAUUUAUUACAACAUUUAGAUCAAUACAAGUUACACUACAAACAGAUGAAGUAAAGAAUGUUCCAUGUGGUACAAGUGGUGGUGUAAUGAUUUAUUUUGAUAGAAUUGAAGUUGUAAAUAUUUUAAAUCCUCCUAGUGUAUUUGAUAUUGUGAAAAAUUAUACUGCUGACUAUGACAAAACAUUAAUAUUCAAUAAAGUUCAUCAUGAAUUGAAUCAAUUUUGCAGCAUUCAUAAUCUUCAAGAAGUAUAUAUUGAUUUAUUUGAUCAAAUUGAUGAAAAUUUAAAGCUUGCUCUUCAGAAAGAUUUAAAUCUUAUGGCACCUGGAUUAUUUAUUCAAGCUGUAAGAGUAACAAAACCAAAAAUUCCAGAGACAAUAAGAAAAAAUUAUGAAGCUAUGGAAGGUGAAAAAACUAAACUUCUAAUAGCUGCACAGAAGCAGAAAGUUGUUGAAAAAGAUGCUGAAACAGAAAGAAGGAAAGCAGAAAUAGAUGCUGAGAAAGUAGCUUCUGUAGCAAAAAUCCAGUUUGAACAAAAAAUCAUGGAAAAGGAAUCUUUAAAAAAAAUUGCAUUUAUAGAAGAUGAAAUGCAAUUGGCAAGAAGAAAAAUGGAAGCUGAUGCGGAAUAUUAUACUAAGCAAAAGCUCUCAGAAUCAAAUAAGGUAUUUUAUAUUUAA